GUACAUCGACAUUCAUGAUAUGGAAACCAGAUUUUACCAGAAAAGCACAAAACUAUCCCGAAAUGUUGCGCCAUAACAAAUUUGUGAAUUUCUCGUGCAAGCAGCCCGAUGAGUACGACACGAUGAAGACAGCGUGCAGACUUCCGGACAUACCAGUCAUACGGUACACGGAAAAUACCAUAUCCAGAAUAAGUUAUAUACAUCCGUCAAGGUUUAAGAACCUUGCUCCCGACUACAAUAAACCGAAAGCCUCGGGGAACCCAGACAAAAAGGCUGUUACAGGAAUAGUUCCAAACUUGAUAGUUCCAGCUUAUCUUCCAGUAAUUGAGAAAUAAUUGUCUCCACAAACAAUAAAACGUUCUGUUUAAAAAUA